UAAAGCGACCAAGAAGAGCGCGUUUUCCUGCGAGCCAUGUCGCCGCCGCAAGGUCAAGUGCGGCGGCGAGCAGCCCAUGUGUCAACGCUGCGUUGCUCGCAACGAUGAUUGCGUCUACAAAUUGAACCCGACGCUGUCCUACACGCAACGGCUGGAGGAUCGCAUCAAAGAGCUGGAGGAGCAGCUUGCACAAGUCACGGCUGCAACACCGCCACCGGCGGCCAUUGGCAGCAAAUCCCCUCCAUCAAGUCAUCCAAGCCCUACAGCCUCGGGGAGCGGUCAGCAAGACACCCGGCAGCAGAUCGAUGACAGCAUCUCCCGGAGCUUCCGCGGCCUCAAGAUAGACCAAAAGGGCGGCGUCACCUACCAUGGGACCACGAGCUUCUUCCAUCUCCCCAGUGACCGUAGCUCUGCGGCACUAACUGCCGACAUGCACGCAGCCGCGACUGACAUUGAAACUCAGCGGAGAGAGCGACUAGUUUCGAACGCGUGGCAGCAGCGCUUCUUGGAGGAGACUGCUGGGGUUCCCGAACCCUUUCAGACGCUUCUGAAUGUUCACUGGUGUUGGAUACAGCCCCUCUUCAACUUCAUCUACCGACCAGCAUUUACCCGCGAUAUGCAGUCCAUGGGGCCGUACUACUCACAUACGCUUCUCAAUGCUGUUCUCUCCCACUCCAUACGCUGGGCGAAGAGCGACCCCAAGACAAAGCAGAUUCUCGAUGAGUCGUACGACGGAGGCGCCGUCUUUGGCAAGCACGCACGCAGCAUGCUUUUCGACGAGCUCAGCAGGGGAGUAUGCACGAUCCCGACGGUCCAAACACUACUUCUCCUAAGCGCACAGGAAUGCAGCCUUGGGAACACAACCCAAGCCUGGACGUAUAGUGGUCUGGCGUUUCGGCUGAUUGACCACUUGGGGAUAUGUGUGGAUGGAGAUCGAUAUAUCAACUCGGUCCACUUCACCGACGAAGACUUGGAAAUCCGGCAUCGAGUCUUUUGGUCGUGCUAUUUCUGGGACAAGAUCAUCAGUCUGUAUCUUGGUCGAUCGCCAUCACUCAAGCACACGACGGUCUCUCCCCCUCAGAUUAUGUUCGACGACUCUGCUGAAAACGAGCUGUGGGUUCCCUUCGGGGCGCCUCCACUCCAAACCACCCCCUGGAAGUACCCACCUGCUACUGCUCAUUCGGCUUCUUGCUUUCUGAGCAUGUGCCGGCUGUCAGUCAUCUUCAACGAGAUAUUGAUUCAUAUGUACGACCCGCUCAUGCAGAACACCGAGUCCGAGGUGCUCGAGUGCCUGACGACCCAGGAGCCGGCCCUGCAGCAAUGGUGGGAUGAGCUUGCUCCAUAUCUCAAGCUCGAGCCUAUGGCUCUGCCCAGCUUGGCCCCACCGUCUCACAUCGUGCUAUUGUACCGUCCAAUGCUCACCCGGAGAAUACUGGAGGGCGAUGUUGCGUCGAACCAGCGCUACCUCGUCGAGUGCGUAUCGUCCGCCACGGCCAUCAUCGCUAUUUUUGAUCUCUUCUGCCGAACCUUUACCAUGAACUACUGUGUGCUGUCGCUGGCUUACAGCGUCUACAUUGCUUCGUCGAUAUUCCUGCUACAGGUUCAGGCGGCUCCGGGCGACGGACAAGCUCUAGGGCGGCUCAACUACUGUAUGCAGGCCUUGAAGCAAGUCAAGACUUUCAGCCCGGUCAUCGGCAGCGCUAUCAGCGCGCUGAAUAGGGAACUCUCGGCUGUCGGCAUCUCGCUGGACGUGCCCCAGCACCAGCAGCCACCCCCAAUCCCCGUCACUGAGUUUCCUCCAAUAGCCCCAGGAUUUCCGGCCGUCGAUGUGCCCGUCGAUGCGUCGUCUUCGCAGCCUCAGCCUGCUCAUCCGCUGUUUCAGGUUCCCUCAACCCACAGCUAUGGUGCCCAUUCAAUGGCCAUGGACCCAGGCAUCUUUGAGGCCAUGUCGUCCCUGGAGCCACUCAGCGUCCGAGUUGGGGCCCUUUCCCCUACGGAAAAUCAGGACUCGUUUUGAAGUAUGGGCAGAUCGUCUUCGGGAAUUUGUCCCAGGGUAGUGUUUGAGGCUCGAAAGGCUUGGAACAUGUUCUAUAGCUCGAAUAACGUCGGAGACCCAAGUAUGCCGGGCUGAGUUCCGGUAUGACCGGCGUUGGAAUCUCGGGGCUCUACCUCGCGGAGCGUUUCCGAGCGAAC